AUGUCUCGCUACCUUCCCUACUGGUCAGAACCCAAAUGGUUCAUUGGGGAGUCUUACCUUCUGCUGUCGUCGAAGGAGAUGAAGGGGUUACGGGAACCCAAACUCGGAGAACCCGCCACGUCCGCAUCCCACUACGCCAUCAUGGAAAGCAUCAUGCAAAGGUUGCGAACCCACGAUGUACAGAUGAACUGCCGCAACGUGUGCUACUUCGGCAACUACAUGCAUCUCUUGGUCGAAGGAUCUCAAGAAGCCAAGUAUCGCCUUUUCGGGCUUCAAGCGUUCCUCAAGGUUCAGAUUCGACCGGACAGGGGCUACCAAGGUUACUCUGUCCGAGCGGUCAUAAUCAAGGGUGUAUCAUCCCAUCAACCAUCCAAGGAGAAAGCUCAGUCUGGUAUCAAAGAUAUUUACGAAAUGAUCAAGGAUACACAACCUCUGCUAAUCAAGGUGGAGCCGCAAGCGGAAGGGACUAUAGCGACAGAUUCCGAGGCGGGCACGGAUACGGAAGAGUCGGUCGGGUCGGACACGGACACGGAAAAGACGGUCAGGCCGAUGACCAGAACGGGGAGGAAUCAAGUACUUUACAGAGUCGACUACGUCGUCGCGGAAGAAGACGAUGAGACCAUCGAUAGCUUGGAAGAAGCGCUAUCCAGAGCUCUGAGCUCUUCUGAAGCCUCUGUCAAGGACAUCAGCUUCCUUGACGAGAUAGCUCUCGACAACGGGGUUCGAAACAUCCAAAAGAAACCUACUCCAAGACCUCCACCCCUCUCUACUAUCGGAGGUGUUUGCACGGAUCUCGCUUCGAAGGCCACAUUGGGCAAGCGUACGGGGGAGAAGAUGAUGGCGGAUGAAAGGCCUCCCAAGAAGGCCGCCAUCACUUCUUUCAACCGGUUCAGCGGACCCAGCCCUACCAGCAUCCACACAGCCGACUCUGAUCGGCAGUCCAUUCGCAAUGAGGCGCCGGAUGCCAUCGCUUCCGUCGCCGCCAAAGGUGGACCCUCGCAGUGUAGCUUGAACAUUCGCCAACAUCAUUGCGGGGAGAAGCCAGCCGGUUCUGACCGUCGACUCCAGGCCGAACGAAUGAGCGAACCCGCCGGUGUCGAGGCGAACAGACAAGGUGUGAAGGAGACUAGCGAGGGAGGUUAUGGUGGCAAGAGCAACGAGGCGGGGAGGGCAGUCUCCUCCUCAGCGAGAGACGGGGGAGUCAUCACGAAACUAAAGACGACCAAAGAAAAGCACGAGGCGAUGGCCAAAAGUCUCGAAGAUGAGGCCGAUGAGUUGGAGGCGAAGACUGCGGCGUUGCGCAGAAAUCGAUUCGAAUAUCGUGGGACUGAGCCAAUGACCGGCAGCCGGAGUAUGACAAGCGCAUCAUCCCGGUCUCUUAUCGGUAUCGAUGUCAACGCUGGCCCCGUUACGCCUUAA